AUGAUGAAAAGAUGAAUGUUUGAUAUUUUUAUUCACUUUUAUUCACUUUUUUUUUUAGUAGUUGAUUAGUUUAAUUUGUUUUUGUUUGAUUAUAAUUAUUGUCUCUUCAUCUUUUUUUGCCUCCUUCAUGUUAAUUACAUUCUACAAUCUUUUCUUCAUUACCUGGUGAAAUUGACAACUGUUACUUUUACUUCUUAAUCUUUUGCUCUCUCUCUGUGUAAUCACCAUCAUCAUCAUCAUCAAAAAGCAACAGCAUCUCAAUCACUAUCUAUUUCUCUCUCUCUCUCUCUCCCUUUCUAUCUCUACCUUUACCUUUUUAUACUUUACCUUUUUUUUUGUUUCUUUUUAUUAUUCUUUUUGAGAGAUAAGUGAAACUAAAGAGACUGAGGAGAGUUGAAUAUUGAAUUUUGUCUCUUUUUUCUGUUCUCUCUUCUUCUUCUUCUUAAAUUGUUUCUCUCUGUUGUUGUGUGUGUGUUUUCUUAUUCACCACCACCGCCAACAACUAUAUUAACAUGGCUUCUUCUUUGGCUGGAUUGGAAGUCGCUGCCAAUGGUCGUAUUGAUGUUUCCAAGGAUCCAGAAUUAAAAUAUCUAGUUGUUGAUAGGAAUUUGGUUGCUGAUCCAGCUCAACAAGCUGAAUGGUCAUCAAAAAAGUUAAUCUGGAUUCCUCAUGAAACCCAAGGGUUUGUCUCCGCUUCCAUAAGAGGUGAAACAAAAGAUGAAUAUGAGGUUGAAAUUGUUGAAACGGGUAAAAAAGUUACCGUUCCCAAGGAUGAUGUUCAAAAAAUGAACCCACCAAGAUUUAACAAAGUUGAAGACAUGGCCGAAUUGACCUGUCUUAAUGAAGCCUCCGUUCUACACAAUUUAAAAGAUCGUUACUUCUCUUGCCUUAUUUACACCUAUUCUGGUUUAUUCUGUGUAGUUGUCAACCCAUACAAAAAGCUUCCCAUUUAUACCGAAAAGGUUAUCGAGUUAUAUAAAGGUAAAAAGAAACACGAGGUACCACCUCACAUUUUCGCAGUUACAGAUGGUGCCUAUCGAUCAAUGCUUCAAGAUCGUGAAGAUCAGUCCAUCCUUUGUACAGGUGAAUCGGGUGCCGGUAAAACUGAGAACACCAAAAAAGUAAUACAAUAUUUAGCCUUUGUUGCCUCGUCUAAACCCAAAUCGUCAAUGGCCGCCAUGCAAUCAGGUGAACUUGAACAACAAUUACUCCAAGCAAAUCCUAUCCUUGAAGCUUUUGGUAAUGCUAAAACCGUUAAAAAUGAUAACUCUUCCCGUUUUGGUAAAUUUAUUCGUAUCAACUUUGAUGCAUCGGGUUUCAUCGCUGGUGCCAAUAUUGAAACAUAUCUAUUGGAAAAGUCUCGUACCAUCCGUCAAGCAGUAGAUGAAAGGUGUUUCCAUAUAUUCUACCAAUUACUAAAUGGUGCCUCACCCGAACAAUCUAAAGAAUUUCUCUUGGAAGAUGUUAAAAAUUACACAUUCCUCACCCAUGGUAAUGUACCCGUACCGGGUGUUGAUGAUGCCUUUGAAUUUAAAAAUACUUUUCAAGCUAUGCAAAUAAUGGGUCUCAGUCCUGAAGAUUUAAGUGCCAUAUUUAAAGUAAUCUCUGCCGUUCUAUUAUUUGGUAAUAUGAAAUUUAAACAAGAAAGAAAUUCAGAUCAAGCCACUUUACCCGAUAAUACGGUUGCCCAAAAGAUAAGUCACCUUCUUGGUAUGAAUGUAACCGAGAUGACUAAAGCAUUCCUUAAACCUCGCCUUCGAGUUGGUCGUGAUUUUGUCACCAAGGCUCAAACAAAAGAGCAAGUUGAAUCUGCCGUUGAAGCGAUUGCUAAAGCCUGUUAUGAGCGUAUGUUCAAAUGGUUGGUCCACCGUAUUAACCGUUCACUUGACCGAACCAAACGACAAGGUGCUUCUUUCAUUGGUAUACUUGAUAUCGCCGGUUUCGAGAUAUUUGAUCUCAAUUCAUUUGAACAACUUUGUAUAAAUUAUACCAAUGAAAAGUUACAGCAACUUUUCAAUCACACAAUGUUUGUCCUGGAACAAGAAGAAUAUCAAAGAGAAGGCAUUGAAUGGAAAUUCAUUGAUUUUGGCCUUGAUCUUCAACCAACAAUCGAUCUAAUUGAAAAGCCAAUGGGUAUUCUUGCUCUUCUUGAUGAGGAAUGUUGGUUCCCAAAAGCGACCGAUAAAACUUUCGUCGAAAAAUUAGUUUCAGCCCAUGCAACCCACCCAAAAUUCAUCAAAUCUGAUUUCCGAGUAUCUGCUGAUUUCAGCAUCAUUCACUACGCUGGAAAGGUUGAUUAUUCAGCUAAUCAAUGGUUGAUGAAGAACAUGGAUCCAUUGAACGAGAAUGUUGUUGUUCUUUUACAAAACUCACAAGAACCUUUUAUCAUGCAAAUAUGGAAAGAUGCCGAAAUUGUUGGUAUGGGAAUGGCAACCAUGGGAGACACCCAAUUCGGAGCAAGAACGAGAAAAGGAAUGUUCAGAACCGUCAGUCAGUUCUAUAAAGAUCAACUUUCCAAAUUGAUGGUUACUCUACGAAACACAAAUCCAAACUUCGUACGAUGCAUCAUUCCCAAUCACGAAAAAAGAGCCGGUAAAAUUGAUGCCACUUUAGUUCUUGACCAAUUGAGAUGUAACGGUGUGCUUGAAGGAAUUCGUAUCUGCCGUCAAGGUUUUCCCAAUCGUAUACCUUUCCAAGAGUUCAGGCAAAGAUAUGAACUCCUCACACCCAAUGCAAUACCCAAGGGAUUUAUGGACGGUAAAUUGGCUUGUGGGAAGAUGAUUGCAGCACUUGAUUUAGAUCCCAACCUUUAUCGUAUCGGUCAAAGUAAAAUUUUCUUCCGAGCUGGAGUAUUGGCUCAACUUGAAGAGGAAAGAGAUGCAAAAAUAUCUGAUUUAAUCAAAAAUUUCCAAGCCAUGUGUCGUGGUUUAAUUGCACGUCGAAACUAUCAGAAACGUUUACAACAAUUAAAUGCUAUUCGAAUCAUUCAACGUAACUGUGCAGCUUAUCUCAAACUGCGUAACUGGUCUUGGUGGAGGUUGUACACCAAAGUUAAACCUUUACUUCAGGUAACCAAACACGAUGAACAGUUACUUGCCAAAGAAGAUGAACUUCGUCAUGUUCGAGAGUUGAAGGAACGCCUUGAAUUGGAAAUCGGUGAAAUGGAAAAGAAAUUGGCCGCUGAGAGAGAAGAGAAAGCUGCUUUGGUAGAACAACUUCAAGCAGAAACUGAGAUAGCUCAAGAAGCUGAAGAUGCUCGAGUUCGACUUGCUGCACGUAAACAAGAAUUGGAAGAUAUACUUCAUGAUCUUGAGGCUCGUAUUGAAGAAGAAGAAGAAAGGAAUCAAUCUUUGACCGCCGAGAAACGGAAACUUGCUGUGGUCAUUCAAGAUCUUGAAGAACAAUUGGAAGAGGAAGAAGCCAAUCGACAAAAGAUACAGUUAGAAAAAUGUACAUUAGACGCCAAAGUCAAGAAGUUAGAAGAGGACAAUGCUCUUCUUGAAGAUUCCAAUAACAAAUUAGUCAAAGAGAAAAAAGUACUCGAAGAAAGAUUAGCCGAAAUUUCCAAAUCUCUCUCCGAGGAAGAAGAGAAAGCGAAACAUUUAAGUAAACUGAAAGCCAAACACGAAGCGACCAUAACCGAACUUGAAGAUCGUCUCUCAAAAGACACUCAGAUUCGUCAAGAAUUGGAGCGAGUUAAAAGGAGAUUUGAGACCGAGUUGAAUGAUGUUAAAGAACAGUUGAAUGAGAAGCGUCUCCAACUCGAGGAGCUUCAAACGCAAUUAGGAAAACGUGAAGAAGAAUUGAGUUUAGCUUAUUUACGCUGUGAUGAAGAAAGUGUUCAUAAGGGUGCAGCCCAAAAAGCUCUAAGGGAUAUUGAGUCUCAACUGGUGGAACUUCAAGAAGAUUUGGAAAGUGAAAAAGUUGCCCGUGCAAAAGCAGAGAAACAAAAACGUGACCUUAACGAGGAACUUGAAGCUCUGAAAAAUGAACUUCUCGAUUCUCUUGAUGUGACUGCAACUCAAAAGGAAAUUGCCAUCAAACGUGAACAAGAAUUACAUCAUAUUAAAAGUGCUAUCGAAGAGGAAGCCUCUCAACACGAGACUCAAAUUGGUGAACUACGAGCCAAAUAUUCAAAGAGUAUCGACGAACUCAACGAACAAUUGGACAAUUUGAAAAGAGCCAAGGCAAAUUUAGAGAAAGCCAAGGGUAAUCUUGAAGCGGAAAACGCUGAUAUGGCCAACGAGAUCAAAAGUUUAACUGCCAUUCGGCAAGAAAGUGACCGUCGUCGUAAACAACUGGAAACUCAAUUACAUGAACUGACCACCAAAUAUGUUGACAUGGAACGAGGUAAAGUUGAAUUAGUUGAAAAAGCAUCCAAAUUACAAGCAGAAGUGGAUAAUGUGAAUAGUCAACUUGAAGAAAUUGAAAGACGAGCAAUCCAAGCAAAUCGUAACAAUCAAGCUUUGGAAGCUCAAUUAUCUGAAUCACAAGAUCUUCUUCAUGAAGAAACUAAACAAAAGUUAUCCCUUACCACUCGACUUCGUCAAAUGGAAUCUGAGAAAGAAAAUCUUCUUGAACAAUUGGAAGAAGAGGAAGAAACUAAGAAACAAUUAGAGAAAAAAGUUGCCGAGUUAUCAGCUCAAAUCAAUGAAUGUAAGAAGCGAACCGAUGACGAGAAUGACAUGUUAGCCGCAAGUGAUGAGAUCAAGAAACGGUUAACUAAGGAGAUUGAAAUUCUUCAGCAAAAAUUGGUCGAAACAAUUGGUAUUUCCGAUAAGUUUGAAAAAUCAAAGAAGAAACUUGAAUCCGAACUUGAAGAUCUUAAUGUUGAAUUGGAAAAUCAACGGGCCAAGGUAUCCGAGCUUGAAAAGAAACAACGUAAAUUCGAUGCCAUGUUAGCUGAAGAGAAAGCAGCUUCUGAAAGAAUCGCCGGUGAACGUGAUAAUGCCGAGAGGGAAGCUCGUGAAAAAGAAACCAAGAUUCUGUCCUUGAUGCGAGCCUUAGAAGAGAAAGAAGAACAAUAUGAAGAAUUGGAAAGACUCAAGCGACAACUUUUAACCGAAUUGGAUGAACUCGUGAACAGUCAAGGUGCUACCGAUAAGAAUGUCCAUGAAUUGGAAAAAGCUAAGCGAACACUUGAAAAUCAAGUAACCGAUAUGAAAGCUCAAAUUGAAGAGUUGGAAGAUGAACUUCAACUUGCUGAAGAUGCUAAAUUAAGGUUAGAGGUUAAUAUGCAAGCAUUAAAGGCUCAAUUUGAACGUGAUCUGAUAGCCAGAGAUGAACAAUCAGAGGAGAAACGUCGAGGAUUAUUGAAACAAAUUCGAGAUAUGGAAGCAGAGCUCGAAGAUGAAAGAAAACAAAAGAGUCUUGCUAUGGCGGCCAAAAAGAAGUUCGAAAGUGAUUACAGUGAACUAGAACAACAGUUAGAGAUCGCUAAUCGAUUGAAAGAGGAGGCCAAUCGUCAAUAUAAGCGCCUUCAAGCUCAAAUGAAGGAAUUCCAGAAAGAUUCGGAAGAAACCUCUUCAAUGCGAGAAUCAUUGGUUGCUCAAGCUAAAGAUGCUGAAAAGAAGGCUAAACAAUUGGAAGCUGAGGUCGCUCAUCUACAAGAAGAUUUGGCAGCAUCUGAUCGUGCCCGUCGAUUAGCGGAAAAUGACCGGGAAGAAUUGAUGGAAGAAAUUGAAAAUCAUGUUAAUCGAUUCUCACUUAUGCAAGAAGAUAAACGUCGAUUAGAAGUUCAAAUUGCCCAAUUACAAGAAGAACUUGAAGAGGAACAAUCAAACGCUGAAAUGGCCAUAGACAAACUUCGUAAAGUGACCGCUCAACUUGAAGCAUUGAAUGUUGAGUUGAACAAUGAACGAGCGAUCUUACAGAAACUUGAGAACGACAAGUCGAUCAUUGAAAGGGCAAACAAAGAGCUUAAAGCUAAAUUGGCAGAAGUUGAAACAUCACAACGAUCUCGAACCAAGGCUAGUUUUGCUUCCAUGGAAUCUAAGAUUGCUCAACUCGAGGAACAAUUGGACAUUGAAGUGAAAGAGAAAUUAGCGGCCACAAAAGCGGCUCGAAAAUUGGAGAAGAGAAACAAAGAGAUGGCAGUACAAGUCGAAGAUGAACGUCGACAUACUGACCAAUUUAAGGAACAAGUUGAGAAAGCAAAUAACCGAGUGAAAGGAUUAAAGAGACAAUUAGAGGAAAUGGAAGAAGAAUGUUCAAAGGAAAGGACACUUCGUAGGAAGACCGUUCGAGACUACGAAGACGCAGUCGAGGCCAAUGAAAAUCUAACCAGAGAAAUAGCAAGUCUCAAGAAUAAAUUGAGACGCUCUGGUCCAGGCUCAUCAGGAGGAUCUUCAAGGGGCUACCUGGGUACUAAAAGAGGUUCAAUGAGUGGUGCUGGAGGUGGAGAUGAUGGAUCCAUCGGAUCGCCAUUAGAUGACUCACCAAAUGAUGAUAGUCCGGCUUGAUUUAUUUUAAUAACAAAAAAAACCUCUCACAAUGAAAGAAACAGAAAAGCAAAUCAUCAAGUGUGUGUUGACCAUAACAGUUUUUUUUGUGCGAUUGGACUUUAAAAACAAACCAAUUUUAAAAUGUUAACUAUUUUUAUCAAUGUGAAAAAAGCAACAAAGGAGAAAACAUCAAAAAAAUUAAUUAAUUUGAAAAACUGAUCAAGAGGAAGGAUUUAAAUUGGGAGAAAAGUUUAUUAUUUAGUUUGUCAACACUCACACACUCGUACACUGAAUGAGAAAAGGACAUUUUUACCAUUCCCAAAAUUUGGCUUAUUUUUAUAUUCUCAAUGAAAAAGCAAAAACAUCAUACAAACCACAAUCAAUGAACAAUUUAAAAGUUUAAACAAUUACCCCGCCCCCAACAAUCAACGUUAAUUUCACCAACUUAAUUUGAUGGCUCAAGCCUUUUAUGAAACAAAAAAAAAAUUAUUGAUUCUAAGCAAUUUGGUUUUAUUUUACAUAUGCAAGCAACAGAAGACGAAAAGGAUUUCAACAAUUUGUUUUAAUUACCAUCAAGAUCAAUGAGCAAUUAAGCUCUCAAAGUGCUUAUUUGUGUGUUAUCUUAAUUUGUUUUUGUUCAUCGACCAACUUACAAUUUAAAUCAACAAUUUAAUCAACGUUAAUGGUCAACAACAACAACAACAACAACAACAACAUCGUCAACAAAAGUCUCGCAGUAUUUUGAAUACCAACAAUUAGAAAUACAUAUUAUUAACUGAAAAGGUUUUUUUGCCAGACAAUUUAUAAUAUUAAUAAUUAAUUAAUAAUAAAUUUACAUUAUUUACAAUGAUAAUAAUAAUAAUAAUAAUAUUGAUAAUAAUAAAUAUGUUAUUAACAUUGAUAA